AUGCGCUACUCCACCAUCAGCAGCCUCCUAUUUUUGGCUGUCUCCCCACUAGGCGUCCUCGCACGUCCCGUAGACCCCAACGAUCUGGCCGGUCAAUGGGACCCGAGUGGACAAUACCGAAAGGGUCAGUGGCAGCAUGGCGUGUUCGUUCCCAACAACGGCGAUGACCGCUACAGCCAAAAAGGCCAAACCAAUCAGCAUGGGCAACUUGAGAAAGACGGCCAGUGGGGUGACAACAAUAACCAAAACGGCCAAUACAACCAGAAUGGUCAGCAAAACAGCCAAAAUGGUUGGAUCGAUGGCAACGGUCAGUGGCACUCGAACAACCAAAAUAUUCAGAAUGGACAGGAGGGUUGGCUCGAUGCGAAUGGCCAAUUCCACGCCAACGAUCAAAAUGGUCAGAACAACAACAACCAAAAUGGCUGGACUGAUGCCAACGGUCAGUGGCACUCAACCCAAAAGCGCCAGGAACUCUACCGUUAG